CGCCUUGCAGAAUGGAAAACAACGUCGGCUCCGAAGAACAAAGACAAUCAAGCAUCUGCUACAUUGAACUUGCACAAAAGUUUUGACACCUUAGACGAUGAGUUGGACGAAGGAAAUGGGGAACAACAUCCAAGUAUAAUUAACCUUGACAUUAGUCAACAAUCCGAUCCUGAUCAUCAACCAACCGAAGACAAUAACACCUCAACUGGGAGUAAUAACGGCGGAACCCUAACUGGACACAUAACAGAUCGUAGGAACCAAAACAAAGAAAAAUCACAGGAAGCAAAACAAAACAUAGUCAUCAUUGGUUAUUCCAUUGUAAAACACAUUUUUCCAACAAAUUUGUCUGAGAAAAAGGUGCAAAAAUUUACUUAUCUUGGUAAAACGGCCUCAGAAAUAAACAAUAAACCCAAUACAAUCGAACCAAACCUAACGCCUUGCCACGUUGUAGUGCAUGCGGGAACAAACAAUAUCCCUUCGCAAUCCGUGGACGAAUGUAUAAACGACAUUGAAGAACUUAUUGUUGGAGUGAAGGAGAAAUUUCCUAAUUCAAAAAUUGGUGUAUCUGGUAUUACAACAAGACAAGACAUCGACUCGACAUCAAAGGUUAAUGAGGUCAACGAGAAGAUCAAGGCCAUCUCACUGAAGCAUAGUGUUAAAUUUAUUGACAACUCAUCUUUGGACGAAACCUCUCUAAACUCCAGUAAGCUCACUUGA